AUGGCCCCCUCAUUCGAAGAGCCAGCCGUGGCUAUUGCUGCUAUGACCAAAUCGGCCCCGGAAUUGGUCGCACCUGAGCCCGAACAUUGCCCGGGUCUUGAAUCGGAACAAGCAGGCAAAGGUGAUGCAUGUGCUGGUUGCCCGAAUCAAGCCAUUUGCGCUUCCGCCCCCAAAGGCCCAGAUCCUGAUAUUUCCACCAUAACCGCCCGUCUAUCCUCUAUCCGACACAAAAUCCUUGUUCUUUCUGGUAAGGGAGGGGUCGGAAAAUCUACAUUCACCUCUCUCCUCGCCAACGCUUUUGCAUCAAACCCUGAUUCCACGGUUGGUAUUAUGGAUACAGAUAUCUGUGGCCCUUCGAUACCGAAGAUGAUGGAUGUGGAAGCAGAAACCAUACAUGUCAGCAAUUCGGGAUGGAACCCCGUUUGGGUGUCUGAUAAUCUCGCGGUGAUGAGCGUCCAGUUCAUGUUACCAAAUCGAGAUGACGCUGUGAUUUGGCGGGGGCCGAAAAAGAACGGAUUGAUCAAACAAUUUUUGAAAGAUGUCGAAUGGGGGGAAUUGGAUUAUCUGAUAGUCGACACGCCACCAGGCACUUCAGAUGAACAUCUCUCGGUCAACUCGUUUCUCAAAGAAUCCGGCGUUGAUGGUGCUGUUUUGGUGACGACUCCGCAAGAGGUCUCGCUGCUAGAUGUCCGAAAGGAAAUCGAUUUUUGCCGAAAAGCCGGUAUUCGAAUACUAGGAUUAGUGGAAAAUAUGUCAGGAUUCGUCUGUCCGAAAUGUACAAAUGAAUCGGAAAUAUUCAGGCCCACGACCGGCGGCGGGAAAAGGCUCGCAAAGGAUAUGGGCAUUCCAUUCUUGGGUUCGGUUCCACUAGACCCUCGAGUCGGUAUGGCCUGCGACUAUGGAGAGAAUUUCAUGGACAGAUACCCCGAAAGCCCUGCGUCCAUGGCAUUAAGACAAGUUGUGAGAGCGGUGAGCCAGUUGGUCGGAGAAAAUCCUGAUCAAGUGCUACCCGAAGCUGAUGCUGCAUAA